UUUAUUUGCGUUGAUCGAUCGAUCGGCAUUGGCAUUGUCCGGUUCGGUUCGGUACGGCAAGGAACCUUACGGAGCUUUGGAGCCCGUGAUGUAAUGUGAAGUGAAGUGACGUGACACCCAUCACCCUCCUCCCGCGAACCGUGACACCCCUUCGGGUGAGAGUGUGCAAAAGCAGGUGGAUCGUCGUUGAAGUGGUUGUUCUCGCUGUCAUUGUCAUUGUUGCUGGUGCCACUGCAACUGCAACUGUCACUGCAACCGCAACUUCAACUUCAACAGCAACCGUCGUUGUCAUUGGUCCUACUUCGAAGUUUGUAUGGCAUCGUACCGUAGGGUGGUGGUGUCGGUGGUGAUAUUGCGCUGGAGUUUGUUGCACCUGCAUUCCGUCCCUCGUCUCGCGAAGGAACCGAGCAUCGUCGUUGCCAUUGGUCGCACCGCGAAAUGCUUCGGGUUUGGUAAAAAAGGGCGAGAUUGCCCCGCGUUGCGCUGCGCUGCGCUGCGUCGCAUUGCGUUGCAUUGCAUUCGUUGCUUCGGAGCGAGCGAGCGAGUUGGAAGCAUCGCCCCCCCCCCUCCCCGUGCCGCACCGUUCGUUCCCCCCGGCUCGCUGGGCGUGAGGCAGCAGGGAACGAAUUCGCGGGCGCGCCCCGGAUGGCAUCGCCACCGCUGCCGGAACCCUUCCUUGCRUCGCAACGCCGCCGUUUCGCCUUGUUCCUGUUGCGCCUACCACAGGAGKGAUUGGGUGCGACACCACGGUCCUAGCUUGUCCUCGUAGUAUUGUACUWUAAAGAGUAGAGGAGGAUAGAUAAGGAGCGAAUCAUAGCGGCGGUGGAGCGUUUGAGAGUCAAAACAAGAGGAUCGUUGCACCACYGUUGCCAUUGUGUUUCGRCACCUUGCACGAAAAAGAAAAUUAAAAUAACUACGAAUAC